CGUACUAGAUCUAAUACAUGAAUUUUGCAAGCUUUUUGGAUUAAACGGUGUUCCAGAAUAUGCAUGGAUGUGCAUGAUGUGGGCGGAGCUUCAGAGACUUUUUGCAACUUAAAAUUAGUGAAUGUAUGCAGUCCUGUGGAAAGUUGAGUCUUGCAAGACAAGUUGGAAGUCGGUAGAUCUAUAUAGGUCAAUUAUUUUGUUUAAAGCUGUUUUUUUUUUGUUUUGUUUUUUAUGAAUUAUGCCAUUGAAUAUACCUACAGUAUAUACAUGCAGGGAAAGAUGAAGGAAAGGUUUCCAUGGCUCCAAGAUCAAAGCAGCCCAAAAUGACCAGUAAAGCUAUGGAAACUGUAAACACGCUCAAAGCCGAGUGUGUGGCACUAGUGCAGAGAAAUGGUGAACUUGAAGAGAGACUUGCAGAGAGAACAAGGGUUAUUAAUGAGCUCAAGACAAGAACAGAUCAGUUGCAGGGCUCAGUCAAGCAACGCCCUGAAGCUGCACACCAAUCCACCGGGGCUGGUGACACUAGACACAGGGAAACAGAGGUUCUCAGAGAAAGGAACAAUUUUCAGGAGUACAUUUCAAAGCUACUGGACCCCUAAACCAUGUAGAUAUCU